GAGCCCAAGUACUUGACAACAGUCAUACCGUACAACACGGGUCGCGGACCGCCAACAGUGGCCACUCUUCAGAUACUCAUCAAAAUAUUGCGUGCUAUCAAUGAGGACAGCCCUACUGUGCCCACACUUCUCACCGAUUAUAUACUGAAAGUGAUUUGUCCGACCACUUGAGUGGUCAGAGCACCCGACGGAUCCCCACCCGACAGCAGCCUCUCUCCACGCGAUCUCUAACCUAAACGUCUCAUCACUACUGUCUCUGUGCGCUGUCUUUCCUAUCGCUCUCACA